AUGGACGCCCUCAAGCACUUCGUCGAGCUCAUCAUGACGCCCUCGGCGCCCGUCUUCAUCAUCGGCGGGCUGAUCGUGCUGCUCGUGCCCAUCCUGAUGCACCUUUGGGUGACCAAGUCAACGACCUACACCGUGCUCCCCUCGGUCCUGCUCACGGGGCCCUCGGGCGCGGGCAAGACCUCGCUGCACACCCUCCUCGAGCGCCGCGGCUCGCCCUCCGAGACGCACACCUCCCAGACCUGGUCCGCAGUCGAGCUGGCCGUCAGCGAGGACGGCGGGCCCUCCUCCUUCCGCGACGACCUCGACGCGGGGGGCGCGACAGCCUCCAAGUUCCUGCUCGUCGACACCCCGGGCCACGGCAAGCUGCGGCACUACGCGCACGGGCGCCUCACGCUCGAGGGCACGCAGUCGACGCGGCUCAAGGCCGUCGUCUUUGUCGUCGACGCCGCCGCCCUGGCCGAGCCCGACGUCCUCGCCGACACGGCGUCAUACCUGUACGAGGUGCUGCUCGCGCUGCAGCGCCGCAUGGGCAACACCGCCACCAGCAAGGCCCCCUACGCCAUCCCGCUCCUCGUCGCCGCCAACAAGACCGACCUCUUCACCGCCCUGCCCGCCAAGCUCGUCCGCACCAGCCUCGAGAAGGAGCUCGGCCGCAUACGCCGCACCCGGAGCAAGGGCCUGCUCGAUUCGGGUGCCGACGCCGGCGGCGACCUCGGUGCCGGUUCGGACGACGCGGACGACUGGCUGGGCGAGUACGGGAGCGCCGAGUUCAAGUUCGACCAGAUGCGCGAGUUCGACACCGAGGUCGAUGUCAUCAGCGGCAACAUCACCGGGGACGGCCCCGGCGCCGACGCGUGGUGGACCUGGAUUGGGAGCAGGAUAUCUGCCUGGCAAGGAGAUCGGAAGCACGCCAGAAACUAG